AUGCAACUCUAUUUCCGUCAGAUUGGAUUGCUGAAACUAAUGAUUGGGGAGGAGCCUAGACCGAGUGACCCCGUGCUGCAGGAAGAUUGGGACGAGCGCUCCUCGGCUGGCUACUAUUUGAAGUCGCAGAGUUUGGAGCUGAACCAGCGUCACCACGUUAUGCACCUGCUACUGAAGGUUGAGUGCGGCCCGAAGGCAUGGAUCGUGUUGAAGGAGCUGCACGCCCCGACCUCCGUUGUUGCAACAUUGAUGCUGAAGAGGGAGCUGCGCCUGAGCGAGGGAGAGCCGAAUCGUCACCAGGAUGGCGGCGCGCGGAGGAACCAGAAAAACGGCGCGAGCAUGGUUGCCGAUUCGUCCAACAACAACCCGAAGAGCAACAGCGGUGCGGAAAAGAAAGAGCGCACCGCGGGCCAGUUCUUCCAUAUUGGAGAGCAGGGGGAGCUAGGAGACGUUUCUCCCAAGGUUGGAGCAGAGAUGCACCUCCUGGAUUAUUGGGUGUUGGACACGGGCGCUGCUUGGACGAUGACGCCGCGAAAAGACCUGCUGGACCACGUACGAGCUACUCUGAUCAACGAGGUGUGCUCCGCCUCUAGACAUGCGCUCUCGGUGGCUGGUGCGGGACGAGCUGCGUUUAAGGGAGCGGAUGGCAAGCCGGUGGUUCUGCACGACGUUCUCCUUGUUCCCGAACUCAAGGCCAACCUCAUCUCCCUCUGUAAGCUUGGCAAGUCUGGGGUGAGCACGGAUGGGGCACGCACUUACAAGGGGCAGCUGGGCAAUCGGGUGCUUUGGGAUCGGCACGAGAGUACUGACGUGUACAGAUCCAUGUGGCAGCUACCGGCGCUGGCGUGGCAAGGUGGGGGGCAGGCAGGAGAGGGAUCUGCAUCCCAGGGGGAGUGCAACGCCGUUGGAGGGGUUGGUGUGAAAGUGUCGGCCAGAUCUGGGGAGACGGAUUGGGGCAUGUGGAAAUGCCCUUGUUGA